AUGGCUUUAAGUUCCAUUGGACUGCAAGAGGCCACAGGGUCUUUACCAGCACCUUUACAUAUGGAAAAGCUAUCAACAACUGGCAGAAGGGUAGGAGAGCUCAUGCAGGCCUCACCUUUGCUUCCUUCUGCCUCUCCUUUAUGGUGUGUGCGGCUCCUACAGGCCCAGCCACAGCUGCAGGCCAGUCCGGAGGGAGGCCUGGCUUUGGCCUGGUGCGUACCCACGGCAGGAGGAGCGGGCCCCUUUCCUCUCAAAAGCCUGAGGCUCCAUGAAUUGACAAAGGGACACUGCCCAGGGCUCACCCGCACUCUACUCAUCCUGGAAGGGAUCUACUGGAGCGCAGAUCAAACUUGCAGUACUCUGAAUCGGUCUGGAGGGCAGGCGAUUGCAGCGGAGGCUGUUUCUCUCCGUCAGCAACAGAGGGAGCUGACGGAACAUCGAAGGAGCCCCGAGAGUGCUGGCUGCUGCUUCCAGCAGCACCCGGGGAAAGUGGGGAAGGUAUCACCUCAGAUGCCUAAGAAAUUCUCUAUGACGGAAACUACUCUACCUAGCAGUCAUGCUGCAACAGGUUUGGAAGGAAGGAAUACCAGGAGAGCUGAAACACAAAAGCUUCCAAUGGUCCCAGAGGUUGGAUAUAGCAUUGCAGAAAGUGGUGAUGUGAAGGUCUGGGAAAAUACUAGUUGCGUCUGGAAAGGAUGUCAAGAGGGGACCCAAAAUGAGCUGAGGAGUGUUACCACCAUGAAGCCAUCCACACCUUUGGAGCAAGAAGUGAGGCUUCAUACUAUGGACUGGUGCAAUGAUUAACUAAACAUGCUGGGCUGGAGCCUUGAGAAUCUCAUUGCUGUCCCUGUAGGACCUGCUGCACAUAUCUGGAAUGGACAAACUCUUGAUUUGAAAGCUGUUGAAGGCAUUGAUUUGAAUUCCAGUCCCAAACACAUUUCAUGUCUGGCUUGGAUAAAAGGAAUAUGCCUUGCAUUUUGGAUGAGUGAUUGAGAAGUGCAAUUGUGGAACAUUGAAACCAGAAAGAGGCUGAGAAAUAUGUUUGGCCACCUGUCUGUAAGAGGCUGGAAUCAUUGUAUUCUGAGCAGUGGUUCAUUACUAGGAUUUGCCCUUCACUCUGAAGUUCAGAGUGCUCAGCACUGUGUUGGGAUUCUUUGUCAAAACAAACAAAUCAUUUGCAGCCUGAAAUUUUCACUAGCCAACAUGUUGCUGGCAAUUUGGUCUAGAGGCUGUACAUUGAAUAUCUGGCCCAGCAACCCUGGGGUGAAAUUGCAAUUGCAGGCACUGAAAACCGUACGUCCUUUCUUAGCAGUUAAAGUUAUGACCUGGUGUCCUUGGCAGUCGAAAGUCCUUGCUAUGCGAGGUGGAAUGAAAGAUGGGAUUUUGCGUGUCUGGCGCAUGAAUUGUGAGAAAAUCAUCCAAAGUGCAAUUACAGAUUCACAGAAAUGUCUCCUCAAAGUGGUGCAGACAGGUAGCAAAGGGAAAGUCUCGCAUAUAACCCUGAGCUCAGAUCAGAGUAGGUUCAUUUUUGUGGCAGUGGAUGGGAUGUCUUGUCUGUGGAAACAACAUGGGUCUGGGGAGAGCAUGCACAGCAACAAAGCUUUUUAA